AUGAAGCGGCGUCCGAGACCCCUAGAUCUGCGUGGCGAAGGGAGCAGCCCGCGCGUUGAUCCGGAGCUACAGGAACAUCUGGACGAUAUCGCUUCUUCAAUCUCCAUAACAACCGGUGGUGAGUCACUCCUCGUAUUGCUGAGACCUCAUGCUGAUCCUAUAGCCAGCUCACUCUCGGACGAAUUGCAAGAUCUGACGGUACUGCGGGAUACGGUGCACCGCAAUCUCCGCGAUCGGCCCGUCGUCUCCCCUCAUCCCCUAUCGGCCGGCUCGGGGUUCGCUACGCCCAGCACGCCAGAUAGUGCACCGCCCGACCUCGCUCCAGAGGACCUCACGGAUAUACCGGAGCUGCACCGCCUCCUCUCCUCCCCUACUCCUACUCCCCUUCUUAUUGUCGAUACGCGCGCGCUCGGGCCGUAUCUCGACGCCCACCUCCCUCGCUCCGUCAACCUCUCGAUACCCACCCUGAUCUUCAAGCGGCUUCGGAAAGGCAUCGGCGCAAAGAUGACGUGGAGCGGAUUGGCGGCGUUCGUGACGACGGACGAAGGGAAAGCGGAGUGGGAAGCCCUAGAAGCGGCGCAGGGUCUGGAGGUGGUAAUCAUGGGCUCAUGGGGAUGGGACGAUACGGCGCGGGGGUUGUUGCCUAUCCUGCGGGAGCUUGUGCCGGGAGGGAAGGUCACGCUGGCGAAGGGCGGAUGGCAAGCGGUGGAAGGGGACUCGAGCUUCGCUACGGUCCUGGAACGCACGGCCGUAGCGGGACCCAGCAAGAUUUCGACUCCAGCUCGACCUUCUGCCCCUCUCCGGUCCUCCACUCUUCCCUUACUCCACUCGAAACAACCUCAGACGGCCCCAUCACUAUCACCCGAGAUGAGCUUCCUCCUCGCACCUCCUACCCCGCCGAUCGAGCCCGUCCCUCGCCUAGCCAACCAAUUAUCCAUGCCGUCUCUCCGGGCCAAGCGGGGCCAGCCCACCCUGUCGCUAAAUACUGGCGGCGGCAAGAAGCCGCUGGGGCUCUCGCUCGAUACGGACCGGCCAAUACGGUCCGCUACGGUCAGCUCGUUUCCUCGUAGUCCUACCAAUCUGCGCUCCCCGGGUCUGCUCAAGAUCGACACGACGGUAGCGAGGGAUCAGCUAUCGUCGGGUCCGUCUUCACCAUCUCUGCAUAAGCUCAACGGGCAUACCCCCCAAGCCGACCAGACGCUCUACGCCGAGCCUGAACUUAUCGCUAUCCCCCGCACACCCGUCAUGACUGCCCGUAAUGCCAUGUCUCCCUUUAUCGUCUCUACCAUCCUCCCCGGCUUUCUCUACCUCGGUCCUGAAAUCACCAAUGACGAGGACGUCGCCACGCUCCGGCGGAAUGGGGUCAAGCGGAUCUUGAACGUCGCCAAGGAAUGCGAUGAAGAGGGAUUGGGGCUGAAGGAGACGUUUGAGCGGUACUUUAAGAUCCCGAUGCGGGACACGGUGGAGGAAAGCGGGGUGGGCAAGGGGAUGCGCGAUGCUUGCAAUUAUCUCGACGACGCAAGACUGCACGACGCUCCGACAUAUGUCCACUGCCGAGCGGGUAAAUCACGCUCCGUGACUGUCGUCCUCGCGUACCUCAUCCACGCCAACGCAUGGACGCUCAAGACCGCCUACGCCUACGUCGCCGAACGCCGGAAAGGCAUCUCACCAAAUAUCGGGUUUGUCGCCGAGUUGAUGCAAUUCGAGGAGGCGGAAUUGGGCGUCAAGCAGUCGGGUGGGGUACAUGGGGAGAGUGGCGAGGGGGAGAGGCAGGAUGAUGAGGGGACAGAAGGGAAGGGAAGUCAGGGGAGGGGCAAGACCAAGGGUCAGCGAUACGCCCGCGAGAGUCUACCUCCGGCGUGGGGGAGUCUAGGGUCCAACAAGCCCAGCUGGAUAUCGAGCUUCUCGGAUGAGCCGGCGGGUGCGGAAGGAGAAGAGCGGCAAGUCAAGGAAGAGCGCAAAGUCGAUGAGCGGGAAGUGAGGAAGAAUGGGCAGUGGGUUCAGCAGAGACGCAGGGUACCGGUUGAUCGGUCGACUUUACAGCCGGGACGACGGGCGUCCAAGGCGGGUCUGGAAAGUCUGAGGGGACUGGCGGGUAUCACGUCUGCGAGGCCUAGUCCACAGCCUAGUCCGGGUGUGGAAGGGGGUUCAAGCACGCCUAGCGCAGGGGGACGUUUGGGGUGGAUCUAG